AGCGCGGAAGUGCAGCAUCGAUGUCGGACUGGACCGAAGAGUUCGGCCGCAGUAGAACGGUACCCCCCCGCGGCCAAACUGCACGACAGUCGGAUAGUGGAAGAACUCCACAAGGCUUCAAACUCGCUUUGAAGAAGUUGGACGGAGUGUCUGUUUUUCAGAGAGCGCUGAGUGUGCAGUUGCGUGGGACUCUGUGGGACUCGUUGCAGCACCUCUUCUAUGGCAACACCUGGAGGAGCCGAGAGCAGCAGUACAGUGGAGAGGAGAACACACUAGAUAUACAGCAGGAGGCAGUGUAUUUUCUGUCCGUCUCCUCUGCUUCUUCUGUGUUGGUGGUCGAGUUGGUGGAGCUGACUUCCCAGCAUGCACUGGGCCGUGGCUUUGGAAUCCUGCAGCUAGACUCCGCCUCCCCUGGCGACCAGAGGGUGGCAAUGUGCAAGGGGACACCUAGAGAUCUCCUCACCCCUGGCCUCAAACACACUGAAGUUACAGGUGUGGAGCUGGUGUGUUGUCUUCAGCAUGAUGCGUCUCUGAGAUCCGUCAUUCCCCUGCUGCCCCCAAACAUGCUCAUCUCCUCCCACACACACCUCCCCGGCACCACACACACGCCGCACACCCCGCACAGCGCAGACACGGUCCCAUGA